AUCACGUCCCUCUUGCACUUCUUUUUGAACCACAAGGCAAAUGCUAGUCUAUCUUUAGAAGAGGUUACGAUAAUCUCAUCCUAACCUCAUAAUGAAUUCUUCCUAAGUUUAUGCUAAAUUAUCUUAAGUUUAGAAUCUCUAGUCUAACUGAAUUAUCCUCGAGUCUCUCAUCUGAUAACCUUCAAGCCAGUAUCAAGUCACAACUCAGAACAAAAGGAAACCAACUUCAGACAAAAACACAAAAUUCCAGCGAAGCAAAUUCACAAUCUUGCUUCCUCAGGCUAGGUCUGUCAGGGAAUGUUUCUGUGUAAUCUUGUACUUGGCGGUCUCUCUUUAUAUGCUUGGACAUGCCUGGCUGAUCGUUGCGUUUUUCGUCGCAUCCUUGGAAAGGGCAUUCGCAUUUGAUGUCGUCGCGUAUAUUCUUUUGACGUGUGUCACCCGCUUGUCUGUCGGUCGUGUAUUGCUUGUUUCAUCCGUCUUUCGGGCACUCGAGCUCCGUCCCGCUUUGGUGAGAACUGGUAGAGUGAACGGUAUGUCUCGUACUAUUAUAUGUCUUGGUGUACCUGAGCUCCGGGCAAGACCGCAUUGCCACUUGGCCAAGUGCAUUAGUAUGUGCCCUGUUUGACUCUGUUGAAUGAUCUUGAUUGAUGGAGUCGUAAUACUCUCGGCCUGGAAGGACUGGCCCUCUUCGCUGGUCCUGGAAUGCUCUAUUCAUCCUCCGCGGUAUCCUACUUGGACAGGUAUGUUCCUCUGGCCUGUCUUCCAGUCUUAAACAUUGCUAGGAUUCUCUUUUCCAGACGUGCUCGCACACUUAUAUUGUGGUCCGUAAGAGAAGUUGGAUCCAAAGUUCUGAAUCAGAGGAAUACGAAUUACAUCCUGUGAGGGUAUGUUUUGGCAGCAUCCACUGGCUAGAACCUUCUAAGAAGCUAAAGGUCGAAAUGAUGACGGUUCGAUAUAAGCACAAUAGUGUCAGGCGAGAUGCCGCUUUGUUGAAGUUGACGGUUGACGGCAAAUUUCAUGUACAUCCAGUUUCUGUAGUUAUUGACAGGAAGCCCCUAAUUGUCGAUAUUAGGUAGGGUGUUGUAAUAUAUAGACAUGGAAAAACCUAC